UUAGCUCCUCUCCACCACUAAGACCAGAUGCUACUUUUUGUUCCAUUAAAUCCCCCUCCCUCACAUACAGAACCCCUACCUAAACCCCAUCUAACCUUUCUGCAACUGCAUCAGUAUUACUCUUCCCAAUUGUUCCUAUUUCCUUUUCACCCAUUUUUCCAGGAAAAAUGCCCAAAAAGAGGUCGCCUAUUUUCCAGAAAGUUUCAAAUCUGCUGAGAAUCUCCAUUUUCGUUGCCAAAAUGGGAAAGCCCACAAGUUCAAAUCUGAUCGUCUUUCUCAGGAAAUCAAGAAAGCCCAAGAAUUUCAAGCUUCUCAAGCAUUACAACUAUGGCUACACCGAAGAAUACCAGUUCUCUCCUUCCAGCACUCCUCUCUUUCAGUACCGCGGGAAGACACUCAAGAAUGGCGGUGCUCGAGACAUGUGUUCCAUGUUCUUUCUGUGUAGAUGUUUGGGUAGCUUCAGAGCUGACCCAGGAGAUGGAGACUAUGCAUUGGAGGCUCUCCCAGCUGUGGAAGAUGCAAAUGCAGGAGAAUCGUGGGGACCGUUGGAUUGGGGUGAUGAAGAAGACUCGGUUGAUCAGAGGGCUGAGAGAUUCAUCGAAAGGUUCUACGAAGAAAUGAGAAUGCAGAGACAGGAUUCAGCUUUGCAAAUCACAGCCCAAUAAAAUGCUUGACAUGGGAUUCUACUUCAUUUUUCCGCUACUAGUUGUCUUUUUAAAUUGAAAUUUUAUUUUAUUUAUUGUUCUCCUUCCACAACCGUUUUUAAAGACCGUGGAGAUAGGCUUAAUAAUAUUUUAAUUGAUUUGUUGUACUUUACUUGAUGCUCUUGUAUUAGUCUAAUCCAAAGUUUAUAUUCUAAUAUAUGUUCAACGUAUUGAAGUCUA